UUUUUUGGGAACUCUGAAAAGUAUACAGUAACUGACUGGGUUUUUUUGUUACGAUAUUUAGAAAAAUACAGCCAUGUCUCGCACGUUGAACUGUAUCGUUGCCAUUUGUCCUAAUAUGGGAAUAGGCAACGAAGGAAAUUUACCUUGGCAUCCAAAACGACUUAGUAAGGAAUUUAAACACUUCCAGAAGAUGACAGUGACGCCUACGGUGGAAGGUAAGCAGAACGUCGUGAUUAUGGGUCGGAAGACGUGGUUCUCAAUUCCAGAACGGAACAGACCCCUGAAAAACAGGAUCAAUAUUGUUCUCAGCAGAGAGUUGAACGCACCCCCAGAAGGUGCACACCACCUGGCCUCUGAUUUCAGUUCAGCGCUCCGCCUCCUGGACACCGCGGAGCUUGCAGAGCAGGCUGACCAGGUGUGGGUCAUCGGUGGAACCUCCCUGUACAAGGAAGCCAUGGAGACCCCCUGCCUGCGCAGGCUCUUCGUGACUCGCGUCCGGCAGCAGUUCGACUGCGACACCUUCCUGCCCGAAAUCAGCCUGGAAAACUACCGCCUGCUGCCCAGUUUCCCAGAAGUACCAGAAGGUGUACAAGAGGAAAAUGGGAUUCAGUACCAUUUUGAGGUGUAUGAAAGCAUUAAAAACUAGCACUGACUGACACAAUCUCCGACACACUGCCAUACCUUCAUAUCAAGGCCACAGAGAUGUGCUGAUAAAGGAAUAGUGUGGCUCACAGUUUGGUUGUACUAUAAUUAUGCACUUUUGUUUAAAUAAAAGAUCCCGUUCCAGUU